CUGGCAAAAAUAUAAGAUGGGAAUCAAUUGAUACUUUUUUUCUUUUCAUUUAGCGUUAAAAUGAGUAACUUAUAAGAUAUAACACAAAGCAAUGUGUAAUAAAUUUAUUAAAUUUACUUCAGUAAAAUGAUAAUUUAUAGUAGGUGUAUUAAUUAGAUGUUUUAUAUUUCAAUAGCAAUUAAAAAAGAUAAAUAGAGCACCAUCACUCGCGACCGUGCAUCGACGGAUGAUGUCCACCUCUGGAUAUCCAAUCAUCGUUCUUUCGUCGUGAUGCGCGCCCGAUUCGGCGACUGGACGGGACGCUGGACGCUGGACCCAGGACCCAGGACUCAGGUGCGACAGUUGAAGCGAAGCGAGAGAGAUCGGCGGUUAUCGCGCGCCCACAUGGCACGACAGACAUUCUGAUCGAAUGGACGCGGCUCAUAGCGAUACAGAUACUUAGCAGAAUACCGAGUAUUUCAUAUCUUGGAGCACGCACGUCGUUGUCGACGUGGUCAUCGUGCAAUAACCACCCGGCGCGAUGGCGAACACCGGGGUGUUGCCGUUCGUGCGAGGCGUGGACUUCAGCAGCAACGACUUCGGCGAUGGCAAAUUUCCUGAAUCCAUGCGUCUUAUGACUGGAAUACAAUGGUUGAAAUUAGACAAAACAAAUUUGACAGAGAUUCCAGAGGAGAUGGGAAAAUUGUUGAAAUUGGAACAUCUGUCACUUGUCAAAAAUAAGUUGGAACGCUUGUAUGGAGAAUUGACAGAAUUGGGAUGUCUCAGGACGUUGAACAUAAGGCAUAAUAAUGUAAAAUCUAGUGGUAUUCCAGCAGAAUUAUUUCACUUAGAAGAAUUGACAACAUUAGAUUUAAGUCAUAAUAAUUUGAAGGAGGUACCUGAAGGCCUAGAAAGAGCACGUUCUUUGCUCAAUCUUAACUUAAGCCAUAAUCAUAUCGAGACCAUACCAAAUACAUUGUUUAUUCACUUGACAGACUUAUUGUUCUUAGAUCUUAGCCACAAUAAACUAGAAACAGUGCCACCACAGACUCGACGUUUGGCUAAUCUACAGACUUUAAAUCUGAAUCAUAAUCCUUUGGGUCAUUUUCAAUUAAGACAACUGCCAUCAUUGAUGAAUUUAACAACAUUACAAAUGCGAAAUACACAACGAACAUUGAGUAAUAUACCUUCUAGUCUAGAAACCUUAACCAAUUUGCAAGAACUAGAUUUGUCGCAAAAUAAUUUACCCCGUGUGCCCGAUGCACUUUACUCCUUAUCGAAUUUACGUCGUUUAAAUCUCAGUGAUAAUCAGAUAAUGGAACUAUCAACAGCAAUCGAACUUUGGAUGAAAUUGGAAACUCUGAAUGUAUCACGAAACAAAUUAAGUGCAAUACCAGCUUCUCUAUGCAAGAUUUCCACAUUAAAAAGAUUAUAUUUAAAUGAUAAUGAAUUAGAUUUUGAGGGUAUACCUUCUGGAAUAGGAAAAUUAUCAUCUCUGCAAGUAUUCUCUGCUGCUAACAAUCAUUUAGAAAUGAUACCAGAAGGGCUGUGCAGAUGUGGUGCAUUAAAGCAAUUAAUAUUAACGUCGAAUCGAUUGAUCACUGUACCAGAUGCCAUUCAUCUUCUUACCGAUUUAGAACAAUUGGAUUUGCGAGACAAUCCAAAUUUAGUGAUGCCACCAAAACCGACAGAAGUUCAAAGGGGAUCGGGUAUCGAAUUUUAUAAUAUCGACUUUUCGUUGCAACAUCAGUUGCGUCUUGCUGGUGCUAAUGUACCAGUUCCGGUUCAAGCUGCUAAUAAAGAUCCAAUCGCACGUAAAAUGAGGUUGAGAAGAAGGAGAGAUCAGGAAGAGGCUGAUCAAGAUCAAGCCAAGAUACUUAAGGGUAUGAAAGACAUAGCAAAGGAGAAGAAUAAAGAUAAAGAAUGUGAGGAAUCGAAAGCAGAAUCCCUAAAACCCAAGCGAUGGGACGAGGCUUUAGAGAAACCGCCACUAGACUACUCUGAAUUUUUCGACGAAGAUGCUGGUCAAAUACCCGGGCUAUCAGUCUGGGAGAUAGAAAACUUUCUGCCAAACGAGAUCGAAGAAGUGGCGCACGGCAAGUUUUACGAAGGCGAUUGUUACAUCAUCUUGAAAACCGGGAUAGACGAGGGUGGAUCGUUGACCUGGGCAAUCUAUUUCUGGAUUGGAGAAAAGGCAACGUUGGAUAAAAGAGCGUGUGCUGCGAUCCAUGCUGUAAAUUUGAGAAACUACUUGGGCGCACAAUGUCGGACGAUCAGAGAGGAACAGGGAGACGAAUCGGAUGAAUUUCUAAUGCUGUUCGAUUCAGGUAUCACAUACAUCGAAGGCGGGCGAACGUCGUCCGGUUUUUAUACGGUGGAAGAUACACCAGCAAUUACUCGUCUAUAUAGAGUGCACGCGGCAGGAGCGUCUAUACAUUUAGAACCAGUUCCAGUCUGUAUUGAAUCUCUGGAUCCUGGUUACGUAUUUGUUCUUGACACGGGAAAUAAAAUAUUCAUGUGGUAUGGAAAGAAAGCGAAAAGCACGCUAAAAUCCAAAGCGCGACUGAUGGCAGAGAAAAUUAAUAAGAAUGAACGGAAAAAUAAAUCUGAAAUUAUAACAGAAGUUAUGAAUACCGAGUCGGAAGAUUUCCUGCUGCAUUUAGGCUUAGAAGAACAUGAACGGAAAGAUUUGCAAAUUAUCGAACACAUAGAUCCAAAUUUUGUGCCUCUUACACCUAGAUUGUAUCAAGUUCAACUCGGUAUGGGUUAUCUGGAAUUACCGCAAGUCGAAGUUCCUCAUGGAAAAUUAACGAAUACCUUGCUAAAUAAUCGCAAUGUAUAUAUAUUAGAUUGCUAUUUGGAUGUAUAUGUUUGGUUUGGUAAAAAAUCAACGAGAUUAGUGCGUGCCGCUGCUGUAAAGUUAUCUCAAGAAUUAUUUAAUAUGAUAGAAAGGCCGGAAUAUGCAAUGGUAACAAGAUUACAAGAGGGUACUGAAUCCCAGAUCUUUAAGUCUAAAUUUAUUGGAUGGGACGAAGUGAUCGCUGUUGAUUUCACUAGGACAGCUGAGUCAGUCGCUAAAACCGGGGCAGAUCUCACUAAAUGGGCUAAGCAACAGGAAACAAAAGCAGAUUUGGCCGCUUUAUUUAUGCCGCGACAACCGCUGAUGUCGGCUGCCGAAGCGCAUCAACUCAUGACGGAGUGGAACGACGAUUUGGAGGGAAUGGAAGCGUUGGUGUUGGAAGGGAAAAAAUUCGUACGUCUGCCAGAGGAGGAGCUAGGACAUUUUUACAGUGCGGAUUGUUAUGUCUUCUUAUGUCGGUAUUGGAUGCCACUGGAUAUAACGGAGAACGAAGAUGGUGAAGAGCAAUAUGAAGACGAUUAUCAGUGUACAGUGUAUUUUUGGCAAGGCAGAGAUGCAGGAAAUAUGGGAUGGCUAACGUUUACAUUUAGUUUGCAAAAGAAAUUUAAAUCGUUGUUCGGCGAAAAUUUGGAGGUUGUGAGAACACAUCAACAACAAGAAAAUCUAAAGUUCAUGAGUUAUUUCAAACGGAAAUUCAUCAUUCAUCAAGGCAAACGUAAACAGCCGAAACCCGCGGGUAGUAACAAAGUGGAGUUUUAUCAUCUGCGAAGUAACGGCAGUGCCUUGUGUACUCGGCUUAUUCAAAUACCAGCAGAUUCAACAUUAUUAAAUUCUGCAUUUUGUUAUCUUUUAAAUGUGCCAUUCAACAAUUCCGAUGAAGGAACCGGUAUUGUGUACGCGUGGAUUGGGUCGAAAGCUGAUCCCGAAGAUGCUCGUUUAAUCGGAGAAAUUGCAGAGGAAAUGUUCAAUAAUCCUUGGAUAAGCCUGCAAGUGUUGAACGAAGGCGAAGAACCAGACAAUUUUUUUUGGGUGGCACUGGGAGGAAAGAAACCAUAUGACACCGAUGCAGAGUAUAUGAAUUAUACAAGAUUAUUUAGAUGUUCUAAUGAGAAGGGGUAUUUUACCAUCAGCGAAAAAUGCACCGAUUUUUGCCAAGAUGAUUUGGCAGAUGAUGAUAUAAUGAUCCUCGAUAAUGGAGAACAAGUGUUUCUCUGGCUAGGCACUCGUUGUUCGGAAGUCGAAAUCAAACUGGCCUACAAAUCGGCUCAGGUAUAUAUUCAACAUCUGCGCGUGAAGCAGCCCGAGAAACCCCGUAAGCUAUUUCUAACUGCCAAAGGUAAGGAAUCCAGAAGAUUCAUGAAAUGCUUUCAUGGCUGGGGUUUACACAAGAGACCGCUGCAGUAAAAUCGAGACAGUUUUCACUCUACGCUUAUUAUGUGAAAUAGUUUUAUACACAGGCAAAGUGAACACAAGCGCAACAUUCUUAGAUUUGUAAUGUAUCGUGAUUUUGUUUCUUCGUUUUUACUCACACUUCGCAAUCAAACAGAAGUCAAUCCAUCGCAAUAAUCUGGAUAUCUUUGAUGUGAAUAAUGAGAGAACACGAUAAUUGUUCUCACUUGAAAUAUAUCAAACUUAUCAAAUAUAUCAAAACAUAUCUAAUUUACAAAGCUUACAUUUUCGCGUUUGCUUUUGACUAACUGAAUAAUUCUUUAUAAACUGUUAUCUUGAGCACAAGUUACUACUACGCCUCAAUCUGUUUGGCAUAUGUAAUUCAAUCCAGAUUUUUUUUUUAUUAAUAGAUGGGCACUUUUUUUAUUAAAUCUGAUUCUUUAACUGAUGCAAAUACACAGUUUUUCUAUCAUACCUGUAUUUUGGAAUUCCACACAUGAUUCUUUGUGAUGAGAUUCUCUUCUACUUUAUUACACAUUAAAAAGGAGAUUUAUAUAUCUGCCUUAAUCUAUCUUAUAAUCUAUAUUUUGUGUAUUCAACAAGACUUAUUUAUUUAUUUAUGCACACGUAUUUAUGAACUUUCGUAUAGACUAGAUGGUGUAUCUGCUUUUAUUUUUUACAAUUUUGUUUCAGAUAGAUAACAUGAUUGUACACGUUUUAAAAAAUUGUUUAAUGAAUUGUGAUACAAACUUUAUUAUUGACUUAUAAUAUUAAAAGAAGCUUUUUCUUUCUUUUUUUUUGUAGAGAAAUAUGUUAAUCCUUCUGUAAGAAGGAUAAAUUCAUUUGUAUAGUGUUAAAAGGAUUGAAAUGGAGUCUUUUUACGUUAAGUUUUCUAGAUUUGUGCUAUGCGCUUUUAGUAAAUAUUAAAAUGUCAAUUUUAAA